AUGGCGGCGGUAGCGGUAGUAGAGCUGCCGGGCAGCCUCGCGUUGACGAUCCCGGCGGUGGCGAACAUGAUGCAACGUUGGAAUUACCGGGAAGGCUGGGGUCUCGGCGCGCGGGGACAAGGGAUCAUCGCGCCCAUACAAGCCACGGAGCGGUGUCCAAAAGCCGGCAUCGGGCAUCGCGAGGAGCCAUACGACAACGGCCUUGCCGCACCGCCGCGGCCGCGGCAGCCGUCAGCGGGAGAUAAGAAGUGGCACGAGUGGCAGAAGGUUUCACGGGCGCUGCUUCUGGAGCAGGAGUGCUGCGACAGGAUCAUCUCGUUGCUGCGCGACAUAAGGCUUGGAGGGGACAAGAGCGCGGAGACGGCGAACGCGCUGGCGGUGAUCGUGAGGUCGAAGAAGGUGUUCCUCCAGCGGAAGCGCAAGCCGGGGACGUGGAAAACCGCGCUGCCUCGGUCCGUGACGCGCUACGUCGUGGACCACGUGAUCACGCCGGCGAUGGCCGUGGACGCGGGGGAGUGGGAGCCGUCGUGGGACCAGGGCUGCAACCAGUGGCUGCGCCCGCUGAUCCCGAUCGUCGGCCACCUGCCGAGGAGCCUGUACGGCGUGGUGGAGAGCAAGAUCGGCGGCCGAGGGUACGGCGUCAUCUCGCCAUGGAAGGAGUACCUUGACCCGGCGAUGUGGGACGUGUUCAGCCGGCGCCACGUCGUGCCGAAGGUGGCGCGGCUAGUGCGGAAGCUCAGGGUCACGCCGCCGAAGCAGGUCGACUCCUCGUUCCGCACGGUGAUGCUGUGGGCGCCUCUCCUGAGCGUUCAGGACAUGGUGUCGAUUCUGGAAGGAGAAUCGUUCUUCGACAGGUGGGAAGGCGCUCUGCGACACUGGCUGCUGGCCGCGAGCCCCUCGCUGUCGGAGGCCACCGCGUGGUGCAACGGCUGGAAGAUGCUCUUCACGCCGGAGCUGAUCGCCGACGACAGUGUGCUCAAGCGUCUCGAAGAGGGCCUUGCCAUGGUGGAUCGUGCAGGGCAGGACCGUGGCAGUCUCGUAGAUUAG